AUGGGUACAGAAGUGUUUCUGUCGGACAUUGACAUUGUUCAUCGCGUCCCCUCGAGACAGCAAAAUGGCGCUCCGAAACCGGUCAUCUGUAAAUUUGUAAGACGCCUUGCAAAAGCAAGUGUCAUGGAAACUCGACAAAGUGCCUCUCAAGUCAACCCAUCAAAUAUCGGUCUUUCUGCUGAUAGUGUUCUUGACAGAGACAGAAUCUUCGACCCCUCACCCCCCCCCCCCCCCCCCAAAAAAAAACACCUAUUGUUUGACGCGAAAAGAUUUAAAGAACAAAACCAAUACCGCUUAUGCUGGGCCAAGAAUUCCACGAUUUAUUUACGCAAGAAUGAGUGUUCCCGACCAAUAAAGAUAACGGACAUUGGUAGUCUACAGCGACUUGUCUCGGACAACUGA